UGUUCCUGCUGUCUGCCUGUUUCUAAGCUAUUAUUAUUACCAUCUCGUCUAAUAAAAUUCCUGAACUUUUCUGGCCUACAUGGUCUAUGUCUGCAUUUGGGUCCUCCUUCCUGUUGCCUUGUACAAAUGCUGAGGGCUCAGGAAGGCCAGAGUUGUGUCCAGCUGGGACUUUCUCACCAGUGCCAGGUCUAACCAGUGAGGCUGGCUGUCAGCCUUGUCCCGUAGGGUUAUACUGCAGAGGACCAGGUCUCAGGGCUCCGACUGGACCCUGCAGCCCAGGCUAUUGGUGCUCUCCUGGUCAGACUGUGGCCACAGCUCUGCCAUGUCCUCCCGGCCACUUCUGCCCACAGGGUAGUGCAGCCCCAGAGCCCUGCCCAUCAGGAACCUACCAAGACAGAGAGAAACAGGAAGCCUGCACUGUCUGUGAGGCAGGUUCCUACUGUGAUUUCAGACUGGGCCUAGCCAACGCCUCUUUGCCGAGGCCAUGCCCUAAAGGACACUACUGCCCUGCAGGUACAGCCCUGCCCAGCCAACACCCUUGCCCUAUAGGUUCCUUUAACCCGAGACAGCGCACGGACAGCCCAGCAGGCUGCAUGCCAUGUGCUGCUGGACAGUACUGUCCUUCUCUGGGACUGUCGGAGCCGGCAGGCCCAUGUCAUGCUGGUUAUUGGUGCAGAGAGGGAGCAUCCUCUCCCAGCCCGCUGGAUGGACUCUCAGGUUCCCUGUGUCCGCCUGGUCAAUACUGCCCCUCAGGCACCACUGCUCCCGUGGCCUGCCCUGAAGGAAGCUGGUCAAACACCUCAGGCCUGCGCAGCCAGGAGGACUGCAAGCCCUGUCUGGGUGGAUUUUACUGUGACUCUGCCGGCCUCACUAAACCUAGUGGACCCUGCAGUGGGGGAUAUUACUGUGUAGAGAGAGCCGUCACAUCCACCCCUACUGAUGGAAUUACAGGGGGACCUUGUCCCAAGGGUUACUUCUGUCCAGAGGGAACUGUUCAGCCUGUGCCCUGUGAUCCAGGGACAUAUGUUGCUGUUACACAUGCUACUCAAUGUGAGCCCUGUGUGCCAGGCUGGUACUGUGUGUCUGGCACUCUGUACCUGUGUCCUGCAGGCUUUUACUGCCCUGAAAGAACUGGAUUUGACUUGAGAAGCUGUCCAGGGGGAACUUACGGUCCUGACCCAGGCUACUGGUCUGUCUUUCAGUGCAGGCAGUGUGAUGCCGGCCAUUACUGCUCUUCUAGAAAUGGCACAGCUGUCACUGGACCAUGUCAGGAAGGAUAUUACUGCUUGCAUGGAAACACCUCUCCGCAACCUCUCUCACAGGCUGCAGGAGAGGGAGGGCCAUGUCCUGCCGGUCAUUACUGCCCCCAGGCCACCGUCCAUCCUCUGCCCUGUCCACGUGGAACAUUCUCCAACAUCACCAAAUUAGUCUCCCAGGAGGAUUGCCAGCCAUGUCUACCUGGUUACUAUUGUGAUACCGUGGGGCUCUCAGCGCCUUCAGGAAAAUGCUGGGAAGGUUUCUUUUGUCUGGGGGGUACAGAUCGUCCUGACCCUCCUUUGAGAGACAGCCGUGGAGGACCGUGCCCAAAAGGUUAUUACUGUUCUGAGGGCUCUGUGGCUCCUCAGCAGUGCCCCUUGGGAACCAUCAGUGCAGAAGAUGGCCGAGCCAGCUGCAGCGCCUGUCCCCAGGGUUAUUAUUGUCCUGGCAGCAGUAAUGGCUCUCUGUUGUGGAGUAAUGAGUGUCCAGUGGGUCAUUACUGCCUUGCCGGGACCUGGUCCAAACACCAGUACCCUUGUCCGGCUGGAUCCAUCAACCCCCACACUCGGAUGGCAUCACCCCAGGACUGCCUGCCUUGCCCUCCAGGCUACUUCUGUGCGUCCCCUGGGAAGGGUGUUGCAUCAGGCCAGUGUGGUGCUGGGUACUACUGCCUCUCUGGGGCCUGGUCACCCACACCAGAGGAUGGAGGGACGGCAGGUGACAGAUGUCCUGAAGGUCAUUACUGUCCCCAGGGCUCCUCAGCACCACUACCCUGUCCCAUAGGACAUUAUAGCAACAAAACCAGGAACAGUCAUCUCUCCGACUGCCUGCCUUGUCCUCCAGGUUUCCUGUGUGUCACCAGAGGGCUCUCUUUCCCUUCUCAUAUCUGUCCGGCUGGUUCUUACUGUCCAGGCAGAGAAAACACCAGCCAGCAGCCCUCUAUACCCUGCUCACCUGGAAACAUGUGCCCACCUGGAUCUUAUAGGCAGGUAUCCUGCUCGCCAGGGACCUACCAGGAUUUAUCAGGACAGGCAGAGUGUGUUAAAUGUCCAGCAGGAUUUUACUGUGCUGGCUCAGUGGAUGCUGAUACUGGGCAUGUGUCUGGGACACUUACUCCCAUGCUGUGUCCUAAAGGACACUAUUGUCCACCAGGAACGCGUUCUGGUGUUGCAUUUCCAUGCCCAGCUGGUGCCUUCAGCAGGCAGAUGGGGUUGUCCAAUGAGUCGGGCUGUGAGCUCUGUCCUCCGGGGAGAUAUUGCAGUUCCUCUGGUCUGGCUGCUCCCACUGGGGUCUGCUCUCCUGGUUACCUCUGUAUCCAUGGUUCUGUUUCUGCCCAGCCAGAGGAGGGCCCAUCAGGAGGUCGCUGCUCUGCAGGGUCCUACUGCCCCCAGGGUACCAGCUAUAUGGUUCCCUGCCCAGCAGGCACUUUUGGCUCGAUAGAUGGGGCGGUUUCUAUAGAAGUAUGUCAGCCCUGUUUGCCUGGCCAUUACUGUGCCAAGGUUGGCCUCUCCGCACCUUCUGGGCCCUGCAAGCCCGGCUUCUACUGCGUAGAAGGAUCCAGAACGCCGACACCUUGGGGUAAUAUCACAGGAUAUACCACGUCUCCAUCCCCACCUCCUGGUGAUUCAGACCUAUGUGAGUUCCAUGGUGAUGUAUGUCCUGCAGGCCACUAUUGUCCUAGAGGGAGUGCAAAGCCAAGCCCCUGUCCUCCAGGCACUUUCUUGGGGAAGUCUGCGGCUGAGUCUGAAGCUGACUGUGAAGCUUGUUACCCGGGUUCUUACUGCCCCUCCUGGGGUCAGAGCUCUGCUGACCUCCUCUGCCCCCCGGGGUGGUUCUGUCCACCAGGAUCAAUGUCUGGACAUCAGACAGGAUGUCAGUGCCCAUCUGGCCAUGCAUGCCCAUUUGGUAGUGCUGAGCCGGUCAUGUGUAGCCCCGGCACUUUUCAGUCUUCAUCUGGACAGUCGGCUUGUAACACCUGCCCACCAGGUUUCUACUGUAUGGAGGGUUCAUCAGCGCCAUCUCCCUGUCCGAUGGGCCAUGUCAGUCCAUCAGCUGGCAGGACAUGCCUCAGUGACUGCUCCCCCUGCCCCCCUGGCUCCUUCUGUAACAGCAUUGCUUUGACAGAGCCAUCUGGACCCUGCAGACCAGGACAUUUUUGUUCCCUGGGGUCCACUGAGCCUUCUCCUGUCUCUCAGCCUCAUGGAGAUGUUUGUCCCAUGGGACACUUCUGUCCUCAGCGUAGUGGGUCACCGAAACCCUGUCCUGUUGGCAGCUUCCGCCCAGAGCCUGGAGCCUCCUCCCCCUCUCACUGCCUCCCUUGCCCCCAAGGGAAAUACUGCCUCAGUCCUGGAGCCUCGCAGCCCGCAGGUCUUUGUUCUGCAGGUUUCUUCUGUUCUGGAGGUGCAGAUAGCCCCACACCUCGAGCCAACUCCUCUUUGUUCAACUGUCUUCAUGAAAUAAUGGAGGUUUAUGUCAUGGGGACAGACGCUGCCUCCUGGAUGCACAAUCUGUCCUGCUUUAAUGACCCCAGUAAUUAUGGGAGAGAUGCUAGGAGGAUCGAAGUGGUAACGGCGCCACAGGCAGAUUCAGACUAUAUUGUGACUCACUCACCGCCAUGUAUUGAGAGUCCACAUUAUGCAUGUUCCACCUACAGAGGAGAUAUAUGCCCUAGGGGUUUCUAUUGUCCCCUGGGCUCUGCCUAUCCCCAGCUGUGUGAGACUGGCUCUUACUGUAACCAAAUGGGUCUGGAUGCCCCAGUAGGGCCCUGUGCUGCAGGAUAUUACUGCCCAAAAGGCUCCUUAGACCCCCAUACCACCCCUUGCCCCACAGGACACUACUGCCCCCUUGGAACUCCCCUUCCUCUGCCCUGCCCUCUCGGAACCAUAAAAAGUUCCCUUGGUGGAUCUACAGUUGAGGCUUGCCAGGUGUGUCCUCCAGGUCACUACUGCCACCAGAGAGGCAGAGCUGAGCCAAGUGGCCAGUGUGCAGAAGGCUAUUACUGUCCUGAAGGACAGAGUUCUGAGAGACCACAACAACAUGUCUGCUCAGUGGGACAUUAUUGUGAGGAGGGCAGUGUCAGAGAGACAGCCUGCCAUCCAGGUAGCUACCAGCUCAGACAAGGCCAGGGCAGCUGUGAGACAUGCCCUCCUGGUUUCUACUGUCAAGAUCAAGGAAUGACCCUUCCACUUCUCUGUGAGAGAGGAUUUUAUUGUCCCAGUGCAUCAGCAAAUCAUCGUCCCUGUCCAGCAGGGACCUAUGGAAAUAUGUCAGGACUGGUUGAGGAAUGGCAGUGCUCACCGUGUGACCCUGGGAUGUACUGUAAAGGAACAGGGAGGACUUUCCCCAGUGGGCCGUGUGCUGCAGGGUUUGUCUGUGUUGGGAAAGCCUCUGAACCUUCGCCAUCAGAUGUUCUGACUGGAUUCCCAUGCCCUCCUGGCUUCUACUGCUCUGUGGGGACCUCUGUACCAAAACCAUGUCCGAAAGGAACAUUCAGCGGGCAGACUGGGCUUGUCGAUGAGUCCCAGUGUCGUAGCUGCAGUCCUGGCUUCUAUUGUUCAGAGACUGGGCUCUCUGUGGUCUCUGGACCCUGCCUGCCUGGUUUCUACUGUCUAGAGGGAUCCCAGACUGCUGCUCCAAUGUCAAGUGUAUCUGGAAGUGUUUGUCCAGCAGGUCACUACUGUGCAGAGGGCAGCAGUGUGCCCUCACCCUGCCCAGCUGGCUCUUACCAAGAUGAGACCGGAGGAAAAGGCAAAGAUGACUGCAAACCAUGCCCUCUUGGCUGGUUCCAGGAUUUAUCAGGCCAGAAAGAGUGUAAUCCCUGUCCUCCUGGGUUCCACUGCCAGUCCCUGAAUGCCAGCCCCACAGGGGGGAACACCACUGGAGUCUCCAGCCCUCUGCCUUGCCCAGCUGGCUACAUCUGUCCCAGGGAUAGUGAUGGUCAGCCAGUCCCCUGCCCCAAAGGCACCUACAGCCCCAGCCAGGGUCUCACUGCCACAGGUGAGUGCCUAGUGUGUCCAGCCAGUCGGUUCUGUGGGUCUGAAGGUCUGGUUGAGCCCUCUGGAUUGUGUGCUUCUGGGUUUCUUUGUCUGAUGGGCGCUACAGUGCCGAACCCAACUGACAACAGAACUGGAUCUCUCUGUCCACCUGGGAUUUUCUGCCAACAGGGGCAAAGAGCAGGUGAUUGCUGGGCAGGGUUUUAUUGUGACUGGGGCUCUAGCAGAGCAGACCAGGAUCUGUGCCCAGCUGGUUUCUUUUGCCCCAGUGGAACACCAGUCCCCGUGCCUUGUCCGGCAGGAACAUUUAGCUCUGAAAGAGGGAACACGCACCAGGACAACUGCACCACCUGUACCCCUGGAUCCUACUGUCCAGUUGAAGGUACUGUACAGCCUGCACUGUGUCCUUUUGGAUACUACUGUCCUCCAGGACUGACUCUAGGACUGGAGUUUCCUUGCCCACCUGGCACUGUGCAGAGCCAGCUUGGAGCCUCCAUUUCUGAUGCCUGCCUGCCCUGCCCUGCAGGAAUGUUCUGCUCUCAGUCUGGUCUCUCCCAGCCCACAGGACUCUGCGAAGCAGGAUACUACUGUCCAGCUGGAUCAACCAGCCCGAACUCUACUGAGUAUCAGGGGAAUUCUACCGGAGGCCAUCUCUGCCCUUCUGGUCACUACUGCCCCUCUGGCACUGGCUAUCCACUCCCCUGCCCCACAGGCUCUCUUUCCAUCUCCCAAGGACUGAAGGGAGAUGACGAAUGCCCACUCUGCCCCCCUGGACUGUUUUGUGACAAGCCUGCUAUAGCAGAGCUCUCAGAUGUUCUCCCAUGUCAUGCUGGUUAUGUGUGCCUGGGUGGCAGCUCCAGUCCCACCCCAUCAAAUGGUUCCCAUGGCUACCUCUGCCCUGCUGGCCAUAGCUGUCCUGUUGGCUCAGCAAGUGAGGUGCCCUGUGAGCCUGGCACUUACAGUCCUGCCCCUGGAGCAGCCCACUGCAUAACAUGCCCCAAAGGGACAAUGUGUUCCUCCUCAGCCACUCAAGAGCCCUCUGUCUGCCCAGCUGGUCAUUUUUGUCCUGCAGGGACAGCCCUGCCUCAGCCCUGCCCUUUAGGGACUUUUAACAACCAGACAGGAGCCCAGUCUCGCUCGGUCUGCACCCCCUGUCCGUCUGGAGUGUACUGCAGCUCAUAUGGAGCCUCAAUGCCACAAGGUUAUUGUUUACAAGGUUAUUUCUGCCAAGGUGGUGCCAUGGGACCAACACCGCAGAGCUCUGACAACUUCCCCAUGAAUGGCCCUUGCCCUAUGGGCCACUACUGUCCAGCAGGAUGCCUCUCACCAAUUCCAUGCCCUCUUGGCAGUAUUCGAAAUGCGACUGGAGGUGUGUCUAUGGAGAACUGCUCUGCCUGUCCUGCAGGCCACUACUGCUCCACUGAGGGUCUGGCCAACCCCAGUGGUGCCUGUGCUGCUGGUUUCUACUGCCCUUUUGACUUCUCUUCAACCACUCCAUACGCCUUCCUCUGUCCAAAGGGCCACUACUGUCCAAAGGGCUCUGCCCUGGCCUUGCCUUGUCCCACAGGAGAGUACCAGCCGAACCUGGGCUCAAAUAGCUGUAUCCCCUGCCGACCUGGAUUCUACUGUGAGGAGGCCAUAGUAGGAGUGCCAUGGCCCUGCCCACCACACUCAUUCUGCCCUGCAGGCACCAGGGUGCCUCAGCCCUGCCCCAAAGGGACAUAUACUCAUUCAAACCAGGGAGGACUACACGAAGAGAGAGAGUGUUUACCUUGCCCUUCAGGGAAAUUCUGCAGGGCUGGAAGGAUCCAGGGCGCGUGUGCUGCGGGUUAUCUUUGUGUCUCUGGGAGUGCAGAUUUCGCCCCUCGGGGACCAGUGUUUAACUUGACACAGUGUCAGUGGGGCAUGCAGUGUGCUGGACCAUGUCCACCAGGUUUCUAUUGUCCUGAGGGCACAGAGGGGGCUCAUUUGUGUCCUGCAAAUACUAUCAGAAGCUCCCCAGGAGGUACCAGCCUACAGGACUGCUUACCCUGCCCACCUCAGUACUGGUGUAAACUCGGAGAUCCAGUCCUUCAUCUGUGUCCUGCUGGUCAUUUCUGUGAUGGUCUGCCUGGCAGUGACUUCGGUGGAGGAACAGGACCCAGGCCAUGUCCCCUGUACAGCUAUCGAGCUUUCCCUGGAGCAGGCAGCAAGGGUGACUGCCUGCCCUGCCCUCCUGGUUCGCACUGUAACAGCACAGGGUUAACAGACUACUCCAACAGUCCCUGCCCACCUGGUUACUGGUGCACUGGGUCUGGACCCCCCAUCUUCUGCCCCGCAGGCACCAAGAGGCCCCUUCCUGGAGCUGCUACACCCAGACAGUGCGAAGCCUGUGCAGGGGGAACCUUCUGUCCAGACCCUCAGGUUACAGGGAGGCCCAAUGUGCAGGGUAUCCCUUGCAGGGCCUCUUAUCAAUGUCCCGUGGGUGCAGUCUCAGAGAGGCUGUGCAGAGCUGGCUCAUACUGUGGACCUCUGACUGCGGAGCCUCAAGUCUGUCCUGAGGGUUAUUUUUGUCCUGAGGGAUCGCAUUCUUACAGUACCCCCAAACAACUCUGUCAGUUUCCCUACUACUGCCCAGCCAACAGCUCUGCCAUGAAGUCCUGCGAAGGGGGUUCCAUGCCUGUCAACACCAGCGGGCUCAGAGGAUCCAAAAACAGCUGCUGUAGUGUGUGUGAGGGGGGCACGUAUCGUCCGUAUCUCUCCCCCACUCCACAAUGCCUCCAAUGUCCACCGGGACACUUUUGCCCCCCAGGUACUGACCACUACAAGAGUACCCCUUGCCCUCUCGGGUAUGUCUGUCCCAUGGAAUCAGGCCAACCGACACCCUGCCCCCCUGGCACCUUUGGUAACCUCACUCAUGCUGAGAAAAUGGAAUACUGUCACCCUUGUCCAGCUGGCACCUUCAACCACCUACCUUCCCAGAAGGCCUGCUUUCUCUGUGGCAGCUCCUCUACCUCACCAGCUGGUUCUUCUUCUUGUACCUGUAUUGGUAAGAACCGUGCAUUCCAGCACUCGGAUGGUUCAUGUUUGUGUAGAACUGGUUUUAUCUUCUACAAUAAGCUGGAUUUCAAAAGCUCUACCUCUGACAGUGAAUUGGACUGCCAGCCUGAGGUCAGUAGCAGAUAUAAAGUGAACAGACGGUGUGCCACAGGACAAGUACGUCUGGCAGCAUCCAGAGUGUGUGUGUCACCUUCCAUCCACUCCUGUAAUAUCACCUGUGGACCACAUGGAGGAACUCUGGAUGUGGAGAUGGGAAUCUGCCAGUGUGAGCGAUAUGUGUCUGCUGAGGAGCUUUGCAAUACUUCCUGCCUUUCCCGACUGCCUCAGCUCUCUGCCCAGCUCUCGCCAGAUGGACACCUGCUGCUCAGCGUUAAAGAAAGAAACGGCAUGGUCUGGGCAAGGAGUGUAAUGGAUGUUUUAGGACCAGAUAUCCAUGUAAAGAAUUUCGGGAAAAUCCAUUUGGUCGAGUUUGACUCUGAAGGAGUGUUUGGUUGGAUUCCAACACAGAAAGGGCUUAUCCAUCACUUUCUGUCAGAACCAAUAGAGCUCCAAAAUACAAGACCCAGAAAGAGAAGAGACACAGAGGAAGAUGAUGAUGACCUGGCUGUUCUUCCUCGAAUCCCCAACCCCAUUGCCUGUCUCUCUUCCGGUGACAUGCUCAUUUUCCAUCUCACCAUCAACCACACUGACCGCCAUUUGAGUCACUUCCCAGUGUAUCAGAAAGACCACCUGUACAAUAGUAACCCCAGCUGGGACUUUGGUGCUUUCAGACAUCUGCAGAUACUCAUGAAGCAGACAAACUUCAACUCCACAAGGUUUGCCCAUGUGUUUUCAGAAACAGGGAAGUAUGUGUUUGCAGACAGUGCUGUCCCAGAGAGGAGUAUUGUGGUGGUGGUCAGUGAGGAGGGGACGGAGUGCAAUUCUAAGGCAUCUGUGUUCCAGCCCAUGACCCCGGCACAGCUGGUCAGAUACGGGAUUGUCAAGCAACACAAACUCAACCUUCUGCCUGACUGGGGAGUGAUUUCAGGGAUCCUCAGUCUGCUGCUGGUUGUGGUUGUAGUUCUAACCACCACAGUGCUAGUUCUGCAACCUAGCAAAGCAAAGCUGGUCUCUCAGUGGAGGACGAAGCCAAAGUGGCGCAGCCUCGGGGAGCCCUUCUGUCCGAUGGAGUGUGUCUGCAAUGAAAACAGCAUAGCUGUCCCAAGCAUAGGUGGCGUCCUAGGCAGUAGGGGUUUAGGAGAAGGCGCAGAGACUGAGGAACCCACCGUUUAUAAGGGAGGAAGUGUUUCGGGGCACUGUGAUUUGGAGGAGUUCAAUGUGAAAACUCUAUACGACAAACUAGAGGAUCAGAACCUCCACAUAGCUUCACAACUGGCUCAACAUCGCAAAGACACACAGGAGUUCUACAGAAACAUUUGUCAACAGACCGAAACACUUAAGAAUGUCUUCGAGAAUAUGGAUCAUAAAAAACUGACUCUUCUUAAAGAGCUGAUAGUCCAUAAUGCGAUGAGGGAUAAACCAACUAACAGCAGUGUGGGAGAGAGAGAUACACAAGCUGAGGCCUCUAUAGCAUUACUGGGAACUGUUCUCAGGUCUGUGGAAGCUCUCCUAUGCAGGCUGACAGGAGAAGCUUGGCAGAACCAGGAUUUGCCCGGUCUCGCAUACUGUCAUACUGGUCCUCAUGAUGCCGGGGAAUGUGAGCCGCAAACUGGAUACGCACAACCCGGUGACACCAACGUGUGUCAUACACAGUUUUCAUCGGUGACUAUGACCAAAGAACAAGCUCUUCUUCCAGUCCAUCUACAGAGCACAACCCCUUGUCUAAGUGACCAUGACCUAUCCGAGCUGGUCAGCAUAUCUCCUCUAUUCAAGACCCUGCAGGAGAUCCAGCAGUCUUUGCAGAGCCUCACCACAGCUGAGCCUAGUCAGCAUCUACACAAUGCAGCUACAGAGCACUGUGUCCAGGAGAGUCAUGAUAGGCAACUCAUCCCGGCGGCACUGGAGAACCUCUCACCUCAACACUCUGCUGUUUUCCUGUUUGGUUGCCAGGUGAUGCAGUUGCUUGAAAACUGCCCCCUGUUCCCCUCUGUGCCUUUGCUACUGGCCAAGUCAAUCCCUGUUUCUUCAUCCUCCUCUAAUGAGGCUAUGCUGGCACAUUGCUCAGGAGAUUUUUAUUUUGAUGCUACCAAUCAAAUCCUUUAUCUGUCAGAGGCAAAGCUUCAGCACGUGGGACAUUUUAUCGCCAUCAUCCUGCAGUCCAUGGCCCAUAUAGCCUCAGGAUCUGGACGCCAGAGCUUUAUGGAAGCUCUCCAUGAGGCCAUUUCAGCUCUAAGCCUUCAGCUGUUCAACUUCUCAUUCAAAUGGAGAACAGCAGAGUCGAAAUUCGAUGAUUCAGAGGGGCAGUAUGGUGCAUUAUUUAAAGAAUUUCUCAACAUUAAAGUUCCCUCUGAAGUGCAUUUCACUGAGCAUCUAUUACCUAGCAGACUUGAGAAAUACAAAUAUUUCAAGUUAGAGCAGCUCAUCUCUAACCUCAAACAGAUUUCAACUGAGGAAACAGACACGGGUUUACUACCAAAAGGGACACCGAUGCAGAUAUCCUGUAUAGAGGAGGAAAUUGACCACUUGAAUGAGUCAUUCUUGCAGCUUAGCGUGCAGCUACAGAAGAGAGCUCAAAUGAGCACAUGGCAAAAGGAGAGAGAGGAGAGUGCUGGAAGCCAUUGUGCGAGGGCAACACCAACAAGCAUGCCAAGCCUGAGUCGUAAUGGAACAAUCCUGCUGGAACUGAAGAGACGCCAUGUAUCACAGCGCCUCAAUGAGCUCCAAAUCACAUUAAGCCAGAUCAGACGGUGCCAGCAGCAUGACAGCAAGUCAAAAGAUGGGAGAAGAGGCCGUACACAAACAGACAGCAGCACCACUCAGCAGGGGCAGAGGGAGCAUUAUCCUGGCGUAGAUGGCUGCAGUCCCACUGACGGCCAGCGGCAAGACAGUAUUCCAGCUAGCCAAACUCACAGCUAACAAACCGUAGAGAGCAGAGGUCUUGAUCACUAUAAACUGGAGAGUCAUAUUUCUGACUAGCAGAGGAGUGAAGCUGUCCAGAGCAACAAACCCCACAAACAUUACUGGACUGCCAGAUGCUAGAGAGCCAAGAUCAGCUGCAUCUUAAUGUCCCAGGAAAACAGGAGGAAAACUUUCAGAUCCCAAUAGAAAAUCACAAUUGACAUACGGACACUGAUGACAUGUGGUUGCAUACUGAUAAGAAACUGGAUCUGAAUACAGAUAAAUGCUAUAAAUGUGUUGUUUAUGUGGUUCUCGCACCAAUAUUUCUCAGUCUCCUGCCUUUUUGUGCUCUUUCCAUUUCUGCCAAAAAUAGCUAGGUUAUCUGUGUACACUACGAUAUUCUGUCUUGCUUGUUGGGGAAUGAUCCGAGUGACCUCUGUCUUCAUCUGCACCAGCUUUAAAACAGUUCAGCUGUAUUCUUUUUAA